AUGAAGAACAAUGAGAAGGUGUCUGAUUACAUUGCUAAAGUGAUUGUGAUCACAAAUGAGAUGAAGUCUUAUGGAGAAACGCUCUUUAAACAAGUAAUCAUUGAAAAGGUACAGAGAUCACUUGCUCCUCAGCUUUAUUACAUAGUUGUAGCCAUAAAACACUUUAAAGAUACCAACACCAUGAGAAUUGAAGAGCUUCGCAGUUGUUUAGAGGCACAACAGUUACAUCUAAUUGAAAGAAACUCUAAAAAAAGAGUUAGAACAAGCUCUAAAAGAUCAGACUCUGAAGGCUUCUUAUGGAAAGAAGAACCAAAAGUAAGCAUGGCUAGAGAACAAGAAAAAGUUAGAAAAGUUGAAGAAACUAACAUAGCUAGAGGAGAUUCUGAUGGUGAACCUGUACUAUUGAUGGCAUCUGAGAAUGUAGGUGGAUCAAUGGUAGACUGGUGGUACAUGGACACUGGAUGCUCAAAUCACCUAAGUGGAAACAAGCAAUGGCUGGUUAAUUUUGACUCUUGUAAAAGGACCAAGAUCCGAUGUGAUGAUGAUAAGUAUCUGAAUGCCAAAGGAAUGGGAAAAUUCAGAGUUAAGUUGACAAAUGGAAAAAUUGUACUGAUUAAGGAUGUACUGUAUGAAUUGGGAAGAAACAGAACAUUUAAGGUGAAUGUUGCAACACCAGACACUCAAUGCCUUAAUGCAAGAAGUGCCGAAGAGGAAAGUGAGUUGUGGCACAAGAGAUUGGGGCAUAUGAACUACAAAAUCUUAGGGCAUCUGAGUUCAAAGAAUCUAGUACAUGGAAUUCUUAGAUUGUGGCACCAGAGAAAUCAUGUAGCGUGGGAUUGUAUGUAUGAUGGUUUCACAAAGGACGAGGGGCCGUGGUUAUAA